AUGACUUCCUGGGCGGAUAUUCAAAAACUUGCAUCCGAUCUGCAACGUGUGCAGUUGACCCAAUCUUCUAAGAAGCUUUCCGAGGUUAACUGUAUCGAAGUUCUCCAAAAACUGAUAGCUUCUCAACAAAUCGAUGUUGUCUACACAAGAGAUGGACACACUUAUGUGACGAAGAAACAUCUCGAAACGGAGAUCAAAAACGAAUGUGUUGCUGCUGGUGGACGUGCUCCUCUUACAGACAUUGCUGUUGCUCUCAACAUUGACUUCGAUCAUAUCGAGAGAACCGCCCGUUUGAUUGUUUCGAGUGACGAUGAAUUUACACUUUCGAAUGCUGAACUGUUUGCUACUGGUUAUUCUUUGUGUAGAACUAAGAUUUCGAUUUCAGUGAAUACGUGCAUAGCCUCCGCAACGAACUUCGCUCUCUUCUCGAUGAACAAGUCGCUUCUGAUUGAGAAGUUGAGCUCAACUGAUUUUGAAGGAGUUGUGGAUGGAGACACAAUUUAUACAUCCUCGUUCCUCGAUGCUAGACAAUUGGUUCUUCGUGCUGUUCUUGUUGCAUUGACCAAAGUUACUCCGAUUUCUACCAUUCAAAAGCGUGUGGGUCUCACACCAAAACGGUUCUGGAUUGCAUUUGAAAACCUUCAAGCUCUAGGGGAAGUACCUGGUACACUCAUCGGCUCACGAACUUCUCCUGCUUGUUCGUAUCGACCAAAGAUGUACGAUUACCUUGUCAAGACAUGUGUGACAAACCAAUAUAGGCAGAAUGAGUUCUUGCAAAUGUCCACUCUUAAAACUCUCGGCCUUGAUUCAAAGACGGCACUUGAAGAAGUUCUCGGUGCUAGUGAGGUGAAGAAAUUGGUAAAUUUGAACUCCAUCUACAUGUCAAAAGAGCUCAUGGAGCAAUGUGUUCAAACUGUUCAAGGUGAGGCUAGGAAUAUUACCCUGAACACUGACUAUAUUGUUUUUGUUCCAGAUGAUAUUCAGAAUAGUGGAAUCGCAGAAAUUCGGAUGUCUCUACAAACUUUAAACCUGCCAUUAGAUACUGCUGACGAGGAUCUGAUUGGGGAGAAAAUCGCAAGUACAGAAAAGGACACAAACUUCUCCGACGGAUUUGUUUACAACAAUUCGAUCCUUACGGAAGCACUGAAAUCAAUCAACACACAAAUCGAAGCAAAAGCGCAUCAGGAAGUGGAGAAAAUUGAUGUGGAAAAGAAGAAGCAAUGUGGAUCGAAAGCACCUGCAAAAGUUCAGGAAGAUACCGACGACUGGGGAGACAACAAAAAGGGAGGCAAAGGAGGAAAGAAGGGUGGAAAAGGUGGAAAGAAUGGCGGUGGUGGUGGAAAAGGCGCAACGUCUUCUGUUCCUACUGGUUCUGGAACCGUUCAAGUUAACAGUGAAGAGUUAGAAGAAUGGCUUCGUGAAAGUCAAACUGUGCCUGAAGAAAUUCUUACCGUAGUCGUUGAGACAUUACAUCAGGAUGCAACAUCCGCACUACGUAAACAAGUUCAAGAAAUCCAAGCACUUCAAUUGGUUGUCAAUGCUGCUAAUUCCAAAAAGUCGUUGUCGGCGAUAGGAGACAAGUGUCGACAAUUAUACGAUUCUUUCAACACUUUCGAAGCUGGAACCACUUCAUUCGCUGAUCCGCUUGGUACCGAUCUUCGUCAGUACUUGCUCAAAACCGUGGGAGUUGAUCUUGCAUGUGCUAUUCUUUCUUAUGCAAUUGGAAUUGAUAAUGUACAUCAGCUGAAGGAGAAACAACGAGAUGAAACUAUCGAAUCACUUCCAGAGAUGGUUCGUGAACCAAUCCGUGCUCUGUUCGCGUCUCUCAAGUCUACAGAUGAAGAUGCUGUCGAGAAAUUCCACGACGCCGUCUAUGAUUGCUCAGUUCCAAGUGCUACUUCUUUGUCAUUGAGAAAGAUCGACAAGAAAGGAAGAGCAGAAGUCGGGGUUAAAGUUUCCGCCGACCUUUGUGACCAACUUGCAUCUCAAUCGGAUCCAGCGACCACACUUCUCCUUUCGGUUCUCUAUCUCUUUUCUCAAGCUGGACGUCCAACAACCGCCAGUGGAAAGUUUGUUGCUCAGCUCAUUGCUCAGAUGAAAGAUUUCUGUCCGACGAACACAUUCGAACUUCUUCAAUCUUGUCAAAAAGGAGUGGUGACGUGUAUCAAGAACCAAGAUGAUGAUGUUGCCAAAGAAAUCUUAAGCGAGGACAUUGAGAAACUGAAAUCUGCAGUACUCCAGUAA